AUGCUGGAAUCUGCUGUAUUAGAGUCUGUAAAGACAGAAUUACCACCAUGUUGUUUAAGAAUAUUCGAAGAUAAAUUCGUGCUAGUAGGCACUUAUGAGUUGGAUAAACCUACUGGUAAUAGAACGGGUUCAUUAGAUGUAUAUAAUGAUAGUUUGAAUCUACUAAGCUCUUACCACUGUUAUGGUGCCAUCCUGGACUUGAAGUUAAGUCCCUUCGACAGCACUUUGGCUUUAACUGCUCAUUCAACUGGUAACGUAACAGUUUGGAAGAUUAAUUAUGAUGUUACAAAUGAUGAAAUUAAAAUAGACCAAUUGACAAAUUUACAAGUAUUUGAUUCAGAAGUUUUAAUCACUUCUUUGCAUUUCUCUCCAUUAGAUAAGAACUUAGUUCUGGUGACAAAUACCAUUGGUGAAGCUGCAACUAUUGAUAUUACCACUGGAUUAGUCGAAUUCACUUUUGAUAAACCAGAUGAAAGUUAUUCAAGGAUUGAAACUAAGUCGUAUGAUGUUCAAGGGAAUUCACAUAAAGCUAUCGAAGCAAUUCCUGAAAUAUUCACUUCACAACAUAGUCUAGAGUGCUGGACUGGUGAAUUUGGACAUUUACAACCACUACAAAACGUUAUAUUCACUGGAGGUGACGAUGCAACAAUAAUUGCCCAUGAUUUAAGAUCAAAAGACAUGAUUUGGUCAAACGGCAGGAUACAUAGUGCUGGGGUAGUCGGGAUCAAAGCAAGUACUGAAACUUUUAGAACUAACCAUCCCACCUCCAUAAUUACUGGCUCAUACGACGAUCAUAUAAGAUCAAUUGAUUUGCGUAUGUUCGGUGAAGAUUCUAUAUAUCCUGGAACUAACACACCUGCAUUGAAAACAAGAGAAUCUAAUCUUUCUGGGGGUGUUUGGAGAUUCUCUGAACGUCCAAAUUCAUCUAAAGAUCAAUUAUUAGUUUGUUGUAUGUAUAAUGGUGCCAAGGUAAUUGAUAUUAACGAUCAAGAACCUGACAACGAAGACAAAUACUUCCAAGAAAUUGCAUACCUUAAGAAAGGCCAUGAUUCAAUGUGUUAUGGUGGUGAUUGGGGGAAUAAAUUCAUAGUCACCUGUUCAUUCUAUGACAACUCAUUACAAAAAUGGAAUCUAGAAUAG